UUUAUGUUUAUGUUAAGGGAAAUCAAGAGAGGGCGCUGUGCAUUCAAGAGAGUUUGAGUCGAUUCCUUGGAAACGUAAACAUGGCCGACACCGAGGCAGACACUUUCCGCCCUGAUUCGGGUCCAGUAAAUGACGAUAUAGGGACAGAGUCUCCAUACUUGGUAGAAAUAAGGAUUUCCCCAAAGAUUAUUCUUCAAAAUGACGAUAUUGGUUCAGACAUCAACGAUCCCGGAGAGGUGUCAUCUGCAUCUGAAGAUGAAGAGCUUUCACCAGAUGGCGUCUUGGACGAGAAAACCGUUGCCAAGGGUUUGUCCAACCUUGGGAGAUCAGCAGGGGGAGAUGACUUGGUGUUUUUACACUUGACAUUACCAGGGUAUAACCUUCACGAUAUAACGUUGCUCGGAGGUUACCUGAAUCUGCAGAAACUUGAAAUCCCCUACAACAAGCUUUCUGAUUUGAGUGUGUUGAGUAACAUGCCAUAUUUGGUUGAGUUGGAUGCCUCCCACAAUGAGAUCAACAAUUUGAAUUCAUUUCAAUCUCCUCAUAAUCUCAAAGAAGUGGAUUUGUCGUUCAACAGCAUAGAAGACUUGAAUGAUUUUACCAAUUACAGCACGAUAACCAAGCUAGUUAUCGACAAUAAUAAAAUCGGUAAGCUAGAUGGACUAGAAGCGUGUAAGUCUCUCUCGUAUCUGAGCAUUGCUCACAAUCGAAUUGAGAAGAUUGAAAAUCUACAGGGACUACCAAUAAAGUACCUCAACCUUAGAGGAAAUCGUUUGAAGGAGAUUGAAAAUGUUGAGUCACUUCGCUAUCUACAGCAAAUUGACGUUUCCGGAAACUUCAUCAGCAGCUUGAAGGGUUUGGAAAACAACAGGCUGCUGGAAACCAUUGAUCUGGAGAAUAAUCAUGUUGAAAGCAUCGAUGAUGUCAAGCCUGUAGAGAAUAUCACCUUACUACGGAACCUGAACCUCUUGCGUAACCCAAUCCAAGGAAUCGCAAACUACCGCCUCUCCUUAUUAUUCUACAUCCCACAACUUAAUGAGUUGGAUAGACACAGAGUAGAGGCAGAGGAGAAGGUAUCAGCUAGUAACAUGUUUGAUGCACCGCUGGAUGUCAUAGCAGCUGAAGACCAUAGGAGGUGUACUGUGUAUGGCAGUUUAAGAUCAGCCAAAAUUUAUGAUAGCACGUUACCAAGUAUUGAGACACCCUACCCAAUGCUGAUGCUAGUUGGACCUCCAGGCUCGGGCAAAACUAAAAUAGCUCAAAAGCUUACUGCUGAGUUCCCAACAUACUUUGGCUGUGGAAUUUCACAUACAACUAGAGGGCCUUACACUGGAGAACACGACAAGAAAGACUACUUCUUUGUGUCUGACAACACUUUUGACUCCAAGAUCAAACAGGGUGAAUUUUUACUGACGUACCGUUCUGAAGGGCAUCGCUAUGGAGUAAGCCAAGAAGCAAUUGAAGACGUAGCAAAGGAAGGCUUGGCUUGUAUACUGACGUUGGAGAUGGAGGGUGUCUUGUCUCUCAAGCUGUCUUACUAUGAGCCUAGAUACAUCCUUCUGGUCCCAGUGGAUGCUGCGGCUCAUGAGACAAGGCUUCGGUCAAUCGGCAGUUUAAGCCAAGCCAGUAUUGAGAAAGCCAUCUCAGAGACUGGACGAUAUCGUGAGAUCAAUCAAGACAAGCCAGGAUUCUUUGAUAUGACUGUGGAUUCAAGUGAUGUGAAUGAAGCAUUUGAUAGAUGCCGAGAGCUUGUCGUUGGAUACUUGGGUCUCGGAAACGCUGCUGACACUCAAAACUUAUCCACAUUAAACUGGGUCCCAUCCAGUGACUCACCGAGUCCCAUAGCGAGGUCUGACUCCCAGACUCCUAUAGGGGAUAGAUCAGUUACACCACUGAGAUCACCAUCUGGGAUGAAGACUUGGUCGGAUCGAGUCAAGAGUGGAUCCGACACUAAUUCCCCGAUGUCCAGAAAGUUGAUGAGUCCAGGAAUGAAGGCGAUGCUACAACCGCAACGAUCCAGUGUAGAACAAGCAUCGUAUGAUAGACGUAAGAGUGCAGCAAGAGCUGCCGCUGCCGGCAUUGAACCUAAACCUCUAGAUCAAUUGGUUUCAAGACCACCAGGUACAGCACCAGAACCUCAGCCAGUUAAAGGAUUAGACGGCAGUAUCAUUCGUCCCAAAACAGGUCCGGCUGGAUACUUUGAGGCCCCAAGCCCCGAUUCCAGCGCUGCCUCACACAGCGGAUCAGAGCUGUCCGGUCUAUCCGAGGCGCGAGGAAUGUCUGGUAAUGUGUCCCCAGACUCUACAUCAUCGCAUCAACUACCCGGUAGCCUGAAUGACAUGGCAUUGCCUGGGUAUGGAACCGAUGACGGCGCUGCUGCUGGUAUACCUUCUGAAGGCUCAUUUGUUAUGUCUACUGACAGAUGAUCAGUUGUACAGACUUGAACAAUAGUAAAGACCUUUAUCUUCGUGCUACCGGUUUGCUUUCCUUCCAUUUAAUUAAUACUUACCAAUAAACUGACAGAGCAUGUCAAGCAGUAUGGUAUGGUUCGGCGCUGCUAUUAUACCUUCUGAAUUCUGAAGGCUCAUUUGAUACGCCUCUAUGAUCAGGGCCCAAUUUCAUGGCUCUGCUUACCGACGAAUUCUGCGCUUGCGGUCAUCAUUCUCUGCUUACAUGCAAGGGCCGAAUUUCUGCGCUAGCCUGGUAAGCGUAGAAUGCCUAGUAGCGUGGAACAGCACCCGCAAAAGCCCAAAUUCCCCGCUAACCUGUGAAAUAUGUUUGCCGUAAGCACUGAAUUCCCUGCUUCCGCAAUGGCCGAUUCUUCACUUACGGUAUGCAAAGCCAUGAAAUUGGGCCCAGUUGUCCAGAUUUGAAUGACUAGUAAAGACCUUUGAUUUUUUUAAAUAUUGAUAUCGAUAACCAAACAGCGGUUAACUGCCACUAACAGGUAUCAUCAAGUAAAAAAUAAUAAAUAAGAAAGCACUGAAAACAUUCUGUAAAACUAAUCUAUAAAUAUUUAAGAAAACCAUAAAUGUGAUAUUUAUCUGUGUGAUAACGUUUUGCUUUCCCUCUAUUUCAGUUAAAACUUCCCAGAAGGAAACAUGUCAAGCAGUAUAGGGCUGCGUCUGUUUCUAAUGGUGUUGCUCAGGGCAACCUAUGGCUGCUUUCCAAACCAAGCCUUGGCUGGGCUUAGAGACCAUCAGUGGAUUCUCUUUAAUGGGACAUUUUUCAGGUGGACGGAUCCCAAGCAGGGGUUUCAAAAAGGGCCUAUUUUCAACUAUUAUUGUAUGGCAAUCAAUGGAAAUGGUCUUACUUUUGGCUCUGGCUAAUUGAGUCCUAACUAUAUAGUCACACAAGGUCUUUACAUAAUAUACCUCUGGUACAUUCAUUUAAAGCAAUUUACAGGAAAGUGGAGCUGUAUACUAAAAUGGUCUCUAACUGGUAAAUAUUAUACACAUAUUGACUGGCAAUGAGGUAACUAGUGUACGUCUAUUCCCCCGAGGGACUUUGAGUGAC